AUGAAGUUAAAUAUUAUUUGGACUCUGUGUCUUUUGUUUGGAAUUGUGAGCGCCGCUGUGAAGCCUGAAGUGACUCACAAGGUCUACUUCGACAUCGAGCAUGACGGUGUCUCCAAGGGCCGUAUUGUCAUUGGUCUGUACGGUAAAAUUGUGCCAAAGACUGUUGAGAACUUCUAUGAGUUGUCUAUCAGUGACGACAGCAACAUGGGCUACCUGGGCUCUAUCUUCCACAGAGUUAUCCCUCAAUUCAUGAUUCAAGGUGGUGACUUCACCCACGGUACUGGUAUCGGUGGCAAGUCUAUCUAUGGUUCCACUUUCCCAGACGAGAACUUUGACUUGAAGCACGACAGACCUGGUCUGUUAUCCAUGGCCAACAGAGGUAAGGACACCAACGGGUCCCAAUUCUUCAUCACCACUGUUGCCACACCAUGGUUGGACGGCAGACACGUUGUCUUCGGUGAAGUGCUAGAAGGUAUGGACGUUGUUACUUACAUUGAGAACGUCAAGACUAACGCUCAAAACAGACCUUUGAAGGAUGUUGUUAUCGCCGACAGCGGUGAAUUGGAAACUGCCCCUUUAGGUAAUAAGCCAAGAGAUGUCCCAGAUGAUGAAUUGUAG